AUGUCAAAAGCUCUUUCAAAAGCCGUCGUUCACAAACCUCCUACCAGGCUACAAGUCAACAGAAUCUCUGUCGUCCUAUACGGCGGAAUUCAGCCCGAACCAGCAUGGCAGACUAGCAUCGCUGCUUCACUCUCAGACCUGCCCGUGGACAUCCUUGACCCGCGUCGCGAUGACUGGGACAGCAGCUGGAUCGAAGAUAUCUCGUUCCCCAAGUUCAAGGGGCAGGUGGAGUGGGAGAUGGACUGCGCGAAAGUCGCGGAUGUUAUUGUCUUUUACUUUCCGCCUGGGCUGUUGACGCCUGUCGCGCUGUUGGAGUUGGGCAUGCAUGCUGGGACUGGCAAAGCACUCGUGUGCUGCCCUGAAGGCUUCUACAAACGAGGCAACAUUCAGAUUCUGUGCUUGAGAUAUGGUAUUGAUCUUCUGGAUACUCUGGACGACUUGAAGGAUCAGGUUCGAUCGAGACUGCUGGAGAAAUUACAAGAGUAG